AUGUGGUUUCUACGCUCCGAGUCAGUAAUGGGACCACAACACCAGGGGGAACGGGUCAAGUACGAUGUGGUGGUGAGCAAGCUGGGCAAGGAGGAGUUCAGUCAAGUAAGUGAUCUCAUAAGUAAUCCACAGGACCAAGGACGCUACACCGCACUGAAAACCAGGCUCCUCAGAGUUUUUCAAGCCAGCGCUGAGGCCCAGUUUAACAAACUCGUUUGGGGAAUGGAAAGCUGA